CUUGCGGAAGGCCUCCGGUUUUUGUUCCCUCUCUCUUCUCUUAUUCUACACUCUCAUCCACAAACUUUAGUCUUUACCUAUUUUAUCUCCCUCCACCUCCUCCUCAUUUAUUCGCAUAUUCUUAUCCACCAUUUUAAACCUUCCUCCUUCAAACACCAACAGAAAAAGAAAAAAAAAAAAAGAAUUCCAAAAUCAUAAUCAAAACAAAAUCUUAUCCAUAACUCGCCGAGUCAAUCCUCAUGACUCGGCGGUGUUCCCAUUGCAACAACAAUGGACACAAUUCCCGAACUUGCCCCACCAGAGGCGGCGGCGGCGGCGGUGCCGCCAGCGGUAUCGGUGGUGGCUCUGCCAUCGGUGGCGGAGGUGUGCGGCUGUUUGGUGUGAGGCUUACAGAUGGAUCGAUAAUGAAGAAAAGUGCUAGCAUGGGGAAUCUAACUUCCCUUCACUAUCAUUCUUCUUCUUCGGCAGCUGCUUCGCCUAAUCAUCCUGGCUCUCCUUCUUCAGAUGUUCUUCGUGAAGCUGUUCAUUUGACUGAUGGUUAUCUCUCUGAUGAUCCUGUUCAUGCUUCUUGUUCUGCUAAUCGCAGAAUUGAAAGGAAAAAAGGUGUUCCUUGGACAGAGGAAGAGCACCGACUUUUCUUGAUCGGUCUACAAAAAUUGGGCAAAGGAGAUUGGCGGGGUAUAUCACGAAACUUUGUGACAUCAAGGACUCCUACCCAAGUAGCUAGCCAUGCCCAGAAGUAUUUUAUCCGGCAGAGUAGUGCUACUCGGAGAAAGAGAAGAUCCAGUCUUUUUGACAUUGUUGCUGAUACGGCCGCUGAUGCUUCCCAUCCACUUCCUGAUGAACAAUUUAUGCUCCCACCUAGAGCAAUGGAAAGUGAUAAGGAACAGUUAGCACCUUCUGCAACAAAAGCAAUAGAAACUGAUUUUGCAGAUUCACUCCCUUCCUUGGAUCUUUCUCUCAAGUCAGAUUUUGAAUCCAUGGAAACCGUUCCAAGUGAACCUGUUCAAGAAACGAAACCAAAUACCGCAACCAGCGAGAUUCCUCCAGCAUUUCCAGCAUUCUUCCCAGCUUACAUUCCAGUUCCUUAUCCCUUCUGGCCAUCAAAUGCAAUUCCUGUGCCUGAAGAUAGGGGACCAGAACCAUCCCAUCAUCAGAUCCUCAAGCCAAUUCCAACCGUCCCCAAAGAACCUGUGAAUGUAGAUGAACUAGUGGGAAUGUCCCAGCUCACUUUAGCAGAUGCUGGUUCUGGCCAUUUUGAGCCUUCACCACUCUCCCUUAAGUUAACAGCAGAACCGUCAAGACAAUCAGCUUUUCAUGCAAGCACACCAGGCAAAAGCUCAGAGAUUACUAAGGGUGAAACUGCUCCUAUUCAAGCGCUAUAAAACCUAUUGGGAUGAGUCUGCCUUCUUCUUUUCUCGAGGGUGUAAAGUGCAUGCUUUCUUCCUGCUCAUCUUUGUAACAUAGGAUAGGUACUUUCAAGGAAGCAGCAAGUAGGUGAAUUUAGCUGGAAAUUCAUUCUUUGUCAAUGUAUAGAUCUAGGGUGUCUAACGAAACCUAAUACUGUGGUGUUUUAUGUAAAUUGUUAGCUUCUUUGUAAUUGCUUCUAUUUUCUCAAAUAAAGAGAAAAGAAGGGGUUACUGGUUC